AUGGAUAAAUAUUCGCAAGACAAAACUCCAGAUAUUUGUCGAAGAAAGUUCAAUAAAACGAGUAAUUCAAAGAAACACGUACAAAUUCAUACUGGCGAGGCUGCAUGCGAGUGUGAAAUUUGUAAAAAAAAAUUCACUAGAAAAGAUCAUCCGAAAAAUCACAUGGGUAUUCAUACCGGUGAAAAUAUGUAUGAGUGUGACAUUUGUAAAAAGAAAUUCACUAGAAAAUAUAAUCUGAAAAUUCACAUUGGUAUUCAUACCGGCGAAAAUAAGUCUGAGUGUAGAAUUUGUAAAAAAAAAUUUGCCACAAAAUAUUGUCUGAAAAAUCACAUGAACCUUCAUACCGCAAAUAUGCAUGAGUGUAAAAUUUGUAAAAAAAAAUUUUCCACAAAAUAUUGUCUGAAAAAUCACAUGAACCUUCAUACCGGUGAAAAUAUGCAUGAGUGUAAUAUUUGUCGAAAAAAAUUCAUUACAGUGAGUAAUAUGAAGUUACACAUGCGUAUUCAUACUAAAACAACCUCAUAUAAGUGUGAAGUUUGUAAAAAGAAAUUCACUACAAAAUAUUCUCUGAAAAAUCAUGUGGGUAUCCAUACUGGCGAAAAUAUGUAUGCGUGUAAUAUUUGUCAAAAGAAAUUCAUUACAGCGAAUAAUAUGAAGCUUCACAUGCGUAUUCAUACUAGCAAAACCUCAUAUAAGUGUGACAUUUGUAAUAAGAAAUUCACCAGGAAAAAGCACCUUGAGUAUCACGUGAGUAUUCAUAACGAUGAAAUCCUGUUUAAAACAUAUUUACCACGGCAUAUGCUUACUGAUCAUACUGUAAAAAAAUCCCAUGAGUGCAACGUUUGUAAAGCAAAUUUCAAGCACCUAUCUGCUCUGAAGAAUCACAUGUACAUUCAUUCCGGUAAAAAAUCAUAUAAAUGUGAUAGUUGUCAGAAAAUAUUUAUCAAAAAGGUUCUUCUGGAACGGCACAUACAUUAUCAUACCGUCAGAAAACAAUACGAAUGUAAUAUCUGUAAAAAAAAAUUUUUUGAAUCAUCUAAUUUGAAAAUGCACAUGCGUAUACAUUUAGGCGAUAAGCCGUACGAGUGUAAUAUUUGUCAACGAAAAUUUACUAUAAAGCGGAAUAUGAUGGCGCAUCUGCUGCGUAUUCAUUCUGAGAAAAAACCGUAUGAGUAUAACAGCAGUCAAAAAAGUUUGAAGUUACCGUCGGUACUGAAAAGCCCCGAGUAUAUUUCUUCCAGUAAAAAAAUAUAUCAAUGUAAUUUCUGUGAAAAAAAGUUCGAUCAAGAGAAUAGUCUAACAGUUCACAUGUAUGUGCGUCAUUAUAACAAAAAAACGUAUGAGUGUAAGAUUUGUCAAGCAAGUUUCAAACUUCUGAUUGAACUCAAUUUUCACCUGUUUCUUCACAAAUACACAAAAUUGUACAAAUGUGAUAUCUGCCGAGAAGCCUAUAUUAUAAAGGAUUGUUUGAAACAGCAUAUGUAUACACAUACCGGCGAAAAAUUUUACGAGUGCAUUGUUUGUCUAAAAGAAUUCUCUCGACUGUCUGGUCUAAAACGCCACAUCCUGAACAUGCACGUUGACUACAAUCGAUAUAAGGGUGACAAUUCAAUCAGUUAA